AUGUUAGAGGAUCCAGUGGGGUGGUGGUUUUGGAGCCCUAACUGUAACCUAGGGAAGAAAAAAAACAGAAGCCGUGGUCAUCACGAAAACAAGCGAAAUCAGCAGAAGCUAUAUUCAACUAUCAUGGAUUCCAUCGCCGUCAACCACCCUGAUCCGAUUUGUAAAAACUCUAUUCCGGACAAAUUCCUCCUAGCCCCACUAGCGAUGUCGACGAAUUCAUGGGCAUUCCUUCUAUCCCCGAUACCGACGAGUUCAUGGGCAUUGGUGCUUGCACCGAUGAACUUGUCCCAAAUCACCACCCUCUGGACCGUCUUUUUCACGGUCUUUAAGGUCUUUCACUAUGUAUCAUUGGACUUUGUUUAUCGGACAACAAAAAGUUUUUUUAUAUAG